AUGCGCCAACCACAGUUUCUUGCCGCCGCUGCCGCUUUGGCAUGCGUUGGCCCAUCCCUUGCUGCUGUCGCGGAUGCCAACGCAUUAGACUUGACCCCCGACGAUGUCGAAUUUCUUCGCCGAGCCACUGCGCAAGCUCCCGAUGGAUAUGCGCCUUCUGAAGUUACUUGUCCCAGCACCAGACCCUUUAUCCGUGACAGCUCCAAGUCAGUCCUGAGUCCAGAAGAGAAGGCAUGGCUCCCAAUACGCCGCACAGAAACCAUCACACAUAUCAAGGAUUUUCUGAAGCGUGCGUCCAUCCCCAAUUUUGACAGCGAAAAGUACUUGCAGAAUGUCGACUCCAAUUCGUCGGCUCUACCUAAUAUUGGCAUUGCCGUCUCGGGUGGUGGCUAUCGUGCCAUGCUCAACGGCGCCGGUGCUAUCAAGGCAUUCGACAGCCGCUCAGCUGGCAGCACGGAUAAGGGUAACCUCGGUGGUCUGCUGCAAAGUGCCACCUACCUUUCCGGCCUGUCAGGAGGCGGCUGGCUCGUGGGCAGCAUUUUCACCAACAACUUCACGACCGUUCAAGAUGCUGUCGCCUCGAAUGAUAUCUGGCAGUUCGGUGAAUCAAUUUUGGAAGGCCCAAAGAAUAUCGGAAUUGUUGAAUAUUAUGCCACUAUUAUCGAUGAGCUGGAUAAGAAGCACGACGCCGGUUUCAAUCGCUCCAUCACCGACAUUUGGGGUCGUAUGCUGUCGUUUCAGCUGGUCAAGGCAAAGCACGGCGGUCCCCAGUUUACCUUUUCCUCCAUCGCCAAUGAUACCGAAUUUGCUGCUGGAAGAACGCCCCUGCCCAUUCUCGUCGCUGACAGCAGAGCCCCUGGCGAAAAGAACACCACGAUUGAAUCUGUCCUGUUCGAGUUCAGUCCCUGGGAGCUCGGUUCAACGGAUCCUGGCAUGACCGGCUUUGCUCCGCUCAAGUUCACUGGCUCGAAAUUCGACAACGGGAAGCUACCGGACGACGCCAAAUGCAUCAACGGCUUUGACAAUGUCGGCUAUGUCAUGGGCACAUCCAGCAGUCUCUUCAACCAAAUCAUCCUUCGCAUGGAAAGCAACCCCGACAAGUACCAACCGAAGAACAUUCCGAAGACGGUUGUUGCUUUCAUCAGCGACCUUCUGACCACAUUGGGCGACCGCAGUGACGAUGUGGCUGACUGGACUCCAAAUCCGUUCAAGAACUGGAACUCGGGCAAGAACUAUGUCGCUAGCUCCGACAGUUUGACUUUGGUUGAUGGAGGUGAGGACGGCCAAAAUGUCCCCUUUCAUCCGCACACUGUCGAUGAGCGAAAAGUCGACGUCGUCUUUGCCGUAGACUCGAGUGCGGACACGAGCAACUGGCCCGACGGCGCUGCCCCUUUUGCGACAUAUCAGCGAACCAAGAGCAAUUCAUCGGCCGGCACGUCUUUCCCUACCAUCCCCGACAAUAACACAUUCAUCAACCUUGGGUUAAAUACCCGCCCAACAUUCUUUGGCUGUAAUGCCAGCAGCUCGAGCGGCCCCGUGCCCCCACUGGUCGUUUACCUGGCCAACUACCCUUACGUCUUCCACUCCAACUUAUCUACCUUCACUAUGAGCAUCGAGAAUAACGUGAGAGACGCUGUCAUUUCAAACGGCUGGGCUGUUGUUACUCAAAUGAACAGCACCCGCGAUACCAACUGGCCAACAUGUGUCAGCUGCGCCAUGCUGUCUCGCAGCUUCGACCGUACCAAGACCGAGGUCCCGGCUGCCUGCAAGGACUGCUUCAGCAAGUACUGCUGGAACGGGACUGUUGACAGCAGACAACCUGCUGCCGCUUAUUCGCCCCAGUUGUGGAGCAACACGACUAUCGACAUCGCUUCCAAGAAGGGAAGUGGUGGUGGUCGAACCAUGAGUGGCUCUGCCACACUGGUUUCGGUGGCUGUGGUUAUGGGCGCAAUGUUGCUCAUUUAG